AUGUUGAUACAUGGACCGCACGAGGAUGCUCCAGGCAGCGACCUCAUCCAGGAGGGGAGCCUGGUCGUGGUGUAUGAGCGCUUCGAUAGCAUGAAGGCAGUGAAAGUCACCCCCAAGGGCCAGUACAGCAAUCGAUGGGGCAACUUUGCAAUGAAGGAAUGGAUUGGGGUGCCCUACGGCAGCCGCGUGCACGCCCGGGCCCCAGACUCUGGCUGGGCCUAUCUGCUGGCCCCCACGCCAGAGCUGUGGACGGCAGUGCUCAGGCACCGGACCCAGAUCCUGUACGUCGCUGACAUCAGCAUGGUGGUUGCCAUGCUGGAGCUGCGGCCUGGUUGCACAGUGCUGGAAUCUGGCACGGGGAGUGGGUCCCUGACAACCUCACUCGCCAGAGCAGUGGCGCCCACGGGACACGUGUACACCUUUGAGUUCCACGAGCAGCGGGCACAGCUCGCCCGGGAAGACUUUGCUGCCAAUGGGCUGAGUGAUGUGAUCACCGUCCAGCACCGCAACAUAGAGGAGUCGGGCUUCCCUUCUGAUCUACAUGGCAAAGCGGACGGCCUCUUCCUGGACCUUCCCGGCCCAUGGAAGGCUGUCGAAUCGGCAGCAGCCUGCCUCCGACCAGAUGGGGUGUUCUGUUCCUUCAGCCCCUGCAUUGAGCAGGUGCAUCGCACAUGUGGUUCGCUGGCUCGGAGCGGGUUUCACUGCCUGCGCACCAUGGAGGUCCUGCUGCGCAGCUACGAGGUCACAUCCAGUGGGCUCAAGGCCGUGGAGGAGUCGGUCCUAGGAGACGAUUUGCCUUCCGGUGAACCUGCCGAUGUGGGCGGCGACCCAGAUUCCAAGCGCGCAAAGCGAGAGGACGGAGCAGCGCCGGAGGAGGCACACACCGCAGCUUCGGCCGCCCCCACACUGCCCAGCCAAGCCCAGGUUCUGGCCCGGCCCGUGGCCUCUGGUCGGGGUCACACGGGGUACCUGACCUUUGCCCGCCUGGCAGUCACAGUGCCCGGGCCACAGCCGCAGGCUGUGCUGGUUGUGCCUGCCCCGGCAGAGGGGGGUGCUGAACAGGACACUGCUUGA